UGUGGGGGGGCUGUAAGAGGAGAGUCCAAGGGUGGGGGUGCCUGAAAGUCAUCUGUCAUCUGGGGUUGGUUUCAAGACGGGACAGGCUGCCAGAAGGAAGCACAGAGGUGUGAGGAGCCACCGUUUUGGGGGAGCGAAGGAAACAUGUCGGAAAACAUAACCAGACUCAAAAACAUGAAGCAUUAGAGGAGGACUUCCAGGGGCGAAGCACUGAGAGAAACACACACACGAGGGAACAGAGCUGUGUGCUGGAGGAGGAAUGGGCUGCAUCCACAGCUGUGGCAGGAUAAAGGAUCAUGGACCUGACAUAGAUCCUGGGGGAACCCCCAACAAGGCGGACCUUCAGGUGCAUCCUGAACUCUUUCAGCUUGCUGAGCUCAACAAGUCAGGGAGCCACACCUUCACCGCCAGGAGCUUCAAGAAGCGACAGGUGUGCGAUGUGUGCAAGCAGGGCAUGGACAGCCCCGGAGCUUUCUGCAAGGAGUGCAAGACUGCGGUACACAAGACAUGUGAAGACAAGGUGCCUUCCACCUGCACUCUGGAGUCUGACCUGCGCAGCUCCAUUAAAUCAAGACCACAGAGAAAGAGAGGCUCCUUGCCAAGGAGUAAAAGCGUGGAUCAAGUGAUGGAGCAUGUGAUGGAGUGRCAUUAUGACUUUGACCUCACCUACAUCACAGAGAGGAUCAUUUCUGUCUUCUUCCCGCCGGAGCUGGAAGAACCGCGGUACCGCCAGAACCUGCAGGAAGUCGCGGCCAUGCUGAAAUCAAAACARCAAGACAAGUUCCUGCUUCUGAAUUUAUCAGAGAAGAGGCACGAUAUUAACAGACUUAAUCCAAAGGUGCAGGACUACGGCUGGCCCAAUCUUCACGCUCCUCCUCUGGACAGGAUUUGUGCAGUCUGUAAGGCCAUGGAGACCUGGCUGACCUCUGACCCCAGCAACGUUGUGGUUCUCCACUGCAAAGGAAACAAAGGGAAAACUGGGGUGAUCGUGGCAGCAUACAUGCAUUACAGCAAGAUAUCAGCUGGAGCAGACCAGGCGCUCACUACGGUGGCAAUGAGGAAGUUCUGUGAGGACAAAGUCUCUUCUUCUCUGCAGCCGUCUCAGAACAGGUACAUCUACUACUUUGGCAGUUUGUUGUCCGGUUCCAUCAAAAUGAACAGCAGUCCUCUGUUCCUCCAUCAGAUCGUCAUUCCCUCUCUGCCAAACUUCCAGACAGGAGGAGGUGAAGUGCUACCACAGGCGGAGCAGAGCAGCAGAGCGGGAGGUGGUGUUCAGAGUCCAGUUUCACACCUGCACUGUUCACGGAGCCCAGCUGUGGUUUGGGAAGGCAGAGCUGGACUUGGCCUGCGCAGAUGACAGAUUCCCUCCAGAUGCGACGGUGGAGUUCAUCUUCGCUAAUGGACCAGAAAAAACAAAAGGUCGAGAAUGUAGCAAAGAUGACGCAUCUAUCAAGGUCGACUAUGACACCUCAGACCCUGUGAUCAGAUGGGAUUCCUAUGAAAACUUUAACUUCCAUCACCAAGACAGUGUGGAAAAUAUCUGUCAUACGAGAGGCCCAAUAGACGGCAGCUUGUAUGCACAAGUGAGGAAGCGACGUGGACUCGGCGCUACUGCCUCAGCAGCCUCACCCAACGGAUGCCUCAAUACAAGCCCCACUGUGAACCCCCAGUCUGCCUCCAAACCCCAGCCUUUUGCCUUCAACUCUAAUUCUAGGGGCUUCACAGCCUCCUCAGGUCCCAUGGUUGACAAGUCACCACCCACUAACUGUUCUGACAGUCCACAGAAGAGAGAAGAAGUGGAGGAUAGAGCAAAACAAAAGCCAAGAGAAAAAGAAAGAGACAGAGAAACAGCCAUUUUAGAUGAUGGAGACACUUCGAGUACUGGAGUUCUGUGGCGUGAGCGCUCCUGUUGCAGUCGAUCGGCUACAAAGUGCAGUGAUGCGGGAUGGGAAAGGGACAGAGAGCUUUGUCUUCCCAACGGUCACUGUCCGGGACGUUGCAACAGCAUUAAAAAACAUCCAAAAAGCCAAACUCUACCAACUUUACCAUCCAAAUCCCUGUCCCCUCCUCCUCAUUUAACUCACAUGGAGAUCUUCCAUCACCACAGCACCCAUCCUUUACCUGAGUUACCAUGGGAGCGUCCAGUCAAUCCUCCAUCUAUGCCCUGCCUGCAUGGACCAUGCUGCCCUUAUCCAAGCCCUGAACAUGCCCGCAGUCAUAGUCACACACUGCCCGCCUCCAAUAGAGUCUGCGCCGGAGACGAGCGUCACCUCUUCCACUAUCCCAGCCAUGCAACGCACCCCUCCCGCCCACCACAGCCUGGAAGCCCUUACAGAGACAUGUUCUUCAGCUCUCCUACAUCAACCUCCUAUUGCUCCUGCCAGGACUGUUCCAUCAGACGAGAACAACAAUCGGCCUCAGUCCGAAGGAUCCCCCAAUCCCACCCAGACCACUCAGAAAACCCACACUGGUCUCAAGGAAUCAUGCUACAACAGACAAGAGAGACGCCUGUAUGGGAAACUGAAAAGCCUUGGGAACUGAUGAGAGAGGCAGAAUUCUGGCAGUGCAAGCCAUCUAUGCCGACAUUUCACCUCUGCCACUCGACUUUAGAGCAGGUUCCGAAUCCAGAGCAACCUAGACAUGUCAUUGUACCUCACCAGUCCUACCCUGCCCCCCAGUCACUGAUGGAUGUAAGAGAUGGUGCAAGCAGUGGGUACCACACUCCUUUACAGCCCCGCCACUCCUGUCCCUGCUCGCCAUAUCCAUCGUCCCCGUCUGAAAGCCGUGAAAGUCGAGGUUACGUCUCAGGGUACCAUUCUGGAUCGGCCUCGCCUCUGCCUGCCAGUAGCCCAUCUCCUGGAAGAAGUAGGCACCCUGAUGCCUCUGUAUCUGGAGACCAGUCACACUCUGAGCUCCACAGAGUGGAAAAAACCAAGCUAGAUGCAGAAGAUGGUGUUUCUCAAGGUUCUGAGGGUAAAUCUGGCUCUUGUGGUCAAUCAAGCACCCCAGGAGUGGACUCUGACCAUGACUACACACUUAUUGGUAGCAGCAGCCCAACUCACACCGAAGAUAGUGUAAAUGCUGACAGCCCCCUUCAAAACCAAGAAACUGCUGCAGAUCUGGAGUCCAACACAAAUACCAUCAAAUCCAGCAAACCAGUAGAAACAGAGACACGGAUUUCAACCAUAUCUGUAAACUCCUCAUCAAGAGAGUCUUCUCAGAGUCCAGAUGAUAUGACUGAAGGAGCUAAAGUCACAGCAAGUAAAUACACCCAACCAAAUGCGUCAAACUAUGCCACUGUCAUCAUCACUCCAGUCCAAGUGCAGCUCAAUGGGUCGGCCCUCCCUAUCGAUGCCCAGUCCAACUUGAAUCGAUCCCCAAAUUCCCUCGUUUGCUCCUCAGAGCAACAGUCGUCUCCUCAACACUCCACAUCAGCUGUAGACAAGGCAGGGCAAAGACUGAGCACAGACAAAGAUGCCUCCGCUGACCUCAAACCUCCGUCACCUGUACCCGACGGAUGUCACACACCCACUUUUCCCCUAGCAUCGUACUACUACUCUUUACUAAACGUUCCCCAUGUCCCGUACACUGGGUACACUGCUGUAACCAUCCCUUCCAUUCAGCCUCCACUCCCUGAGAAGAAACGAUUUUCCUCCACAGCGGCAUCCCUGAACGGACACAAUGCUCUGCUACGAGUCUCAUCAUCUCCCUCCCCAAUGCACCACGUUACGUUUUCCCCUACAUUGGGGGAGCAAACGAGGGGGUCUGCUUCACAACACAGCUGUCCAGAAGAGCCAGACAUCAGGGUGAAUGCUAAGUUUGUGCAGGACAGCUCCAAGUACUGGUACAAACCAGGGAUCUCCAGAGACCAAGCCAUCGCUGCGUUGAAGGACAAGGAGCCGGGAGCUUUUCUCAUUCGAGACAGUAACUCAUUCCAAGGUGCUUAUGGCUUGGCUCUCAAGGUGGUCAGUCCUCCUCCUAACGCCAACAUUACUGGAAACAAAGGGGACCCUCUGGAACAGCUGGUGAGACACUUCCUCAUCGAGACAGGGCCACGGGGAGUGAAGAUCAAGGGCUGUCAGAACGAAUCCUACUUUGGAAGCUUAUCUGCUUUAGUGUACCAACAUUCAAUCACUCCCAUCUCUUUGCCAUGUGCCCUAAGGAUUCCAGAAAAAGAUCUGGUUGGGGAGCUCCAGGAGAAGCAAAGUGUGACAAAUACCAGCACAGCAGCUGAACUCCUGAAACAAGGAGCAGCGUGCAACGUGUUCUACCUGAACUCGGUGGAGACAGAGUCGUUAACAGGGCCGGAGGCUGUUUCCAAGGCAACCAAGUGUACCAUGGCCCUGAAUCCACGCCCGGUGCCAACAGUGGUCCACUUUAAAGUGUCCUCUCAAGGGAUAACGCUGACUGACAGUAAAAGAAGACUUUUUUUUAGGCGGCACUACCCAAUCAGCAGCGUCACUUUCAGCAGUCUUGACCCCCAAGAUCAGAGGUGGACUAAUUCUCAUAGAACAUCAAGCAAGAUGUUUGGCUUUGUGGCGCGACGAAGCGGCACCAGCACAGAGAACGUGUGUCACCUGUUUGCUGAGAUGGACCCUGAGCAGCCAGCUGUGGCAAUCGUCAACUUCAUCAAUAAAGUCAUGCUGGGACCACAGCUGCACAGAUAGAAAAAUAAAACCGGUUCAAUGAAAACUAUGCACUAUAAAGUAUCAGAGGAAAAUAGUUUUGCAAUACUUUUGAUAAAAUGUUCAUAUUUAGCUGUUGUUUUUGUUUUGUUUGUUUUUUUGCUUUCUUUUAUGUGUAGCACCAUUGUUCUACUGUAUGGUUUUUAUAUCAAAUCACUUCUCUGUGGAGGAAAGUACUGUUUGAUAGUCAUGUUACAAAUCAAAAGGUUGAAUGGUAAUAGUUUGAAAAGCCAAAGUGUGACCUAACAUUGCCAAAUGAGAUUGUAACACAAGUUUUAUUUUUCCUUUCUGAGUGUCUUUGUGUUUUUUUUGUUUCAUACUGAUAUUAUGUUUCAGACAUUAUAAUGUAUCUUUACAAACUGCAUGAGGGAGAAAUGAUUUACCACGUAUAUUAAAGUUUUACUGCAGCYUUUGAAGCAAAACAAAUAGUAAUGUGUUAAAGGUGAAUAAUUGCAGCUGUAUUCCUUAUGGGAUUUGAGAAUGUUCAACAUAGGUUGAUUUAAUGAGUUUUUGUAAAUCAAGAUUGUCUAAAAGAGUCUUUGGCUARAUUUAGUAAAGAAUACACAUAACAGCAGUAUUUUUAUUUUAAAAAAGCGUAAUCUUUUUAAGCACUAAUCACAGGUCCUUUAAGAUAAACUAGGACUGCGUUUUGGAACAAAUUUAACAAAUAUCUACUUAUCUGUUUCAAAAAUCAUCACCUGAUCCCCUUUGUAAAGGGCUUCCCCUGUGGAUGUCAAGUAUUACUCUCUUUUAGUUUUUUUUAAAAACAAUAUACAUUUAAAAUUUGAAAACAAAAAACAACUGUAUUUACUAGCUACUACAAAAAAAUUUUUUUCUGAAGUAAAACAAUAGGUAUAAUAAAAUAGUAUCUUUGGUAACAUCAAACAAAAAAAAAUUAGACUUAUAAUGAAGGAGCCAGGUUCAUCUUUGACUAUGAAAAGAAAAACAAAAAAUAAGAGCCAAGUGUUUUUUACAGAAAACUAACUCAAAGCGAGAUUUAUUAGAUAAAUUUAAGAUUUUUUUUAUUUUUCAGCUUUUGUUAGGCAAUGUUUGUUGUCUGUAAACUGAGACAGUAUUUAGAUUUCAGUAUUUCAACAUAUUACUAUUUUUCCUAUACAUUUUUUAUGCAAAAGAAUAAUAUAUUUUAGGCUUUGAUGUGUUGAAAAGAAUUAAAGAACGGUGUAAGUCAUGAUGUUUGACAAAACAAUUAAAGCGAGAUUUGAAAACUUAA